AACUAUCUAGUACAAUCCAGUGCAAUCAAUGCUAGGGAUUGACAACAGAACAUAAUCGAUCACCAUUCUUUACUCUUUGCACCCAUUAAUACCUUAUUAGGUAAGGUAUUUGGAUAGGCUUUGUUUAUGUAACGAAACUGAUACAAUCAGUUUCAAUUUGUACCUGUUUACAAAAACACAUAAAAAGCUGAAAAACAAAACAGCCAGAAACAUGUAUAAAUGAAAGAAUGAAUUCGUUUUUGUUAAAGUACUUUGUCUAACAUGGCAUCAAGCAAGCCAGCAAAAAUGUACCCUAUUAUACUAGAUAUUAGCAAAUUGAAUGAGAUUAUGGAGAUACUGAAGCAAUAUAGGUUUCCUGAAGCAAAAUGGCUUGAUUUGGGUUAAAACUUGGCCUCCUUCACCCUAUGCUGGAAGCUAUUGAAGUUAAUCAUAGAGGAGAUACUUCACGUUGUCUCAUGGAGUGUUUAUCCAAGUGGCUGAGUAGAGCACAUCACCCUACUUGGCAGACAUUGGCUAGUGCUCUUAGAAAAGUAGAACUAAAAACAGUGGCUGAAAAUAUUGAGAAAACAAUGGUUGAUCCUGCUAGCCAGCUACUACAGCAUUUCAGUAGCAGAAUAUCUGGAGCAACACUCUCUGAAGAAUCAGUUGAUCUGUUACAUACAGAAGGACUGAUAUCUGAAGAGACAUUGAGGGAAGUGAAGAGUUGUGGAUACACACUAACAGAUGCAAUGAGAGAAAUAUACACAGCAGUAGCUUAUGAUCAUAACAAAUUGAAAUCAUUUGCUAGCAUAUUAUUAAGAUCAAUAGGCACUGCUAGUAUAGCCAAUGACUUAAUGAGAGAUAGUGAGGACAUUUUUAAGGCAGAAGAUUCUACCAGUGGUUAUGAUGUACACAAUGAAUCAAGUAUUGUUACACCAAUUUCAAUUGAAGGAACAAGUGUUAGAGUCACAGAAUUUGAGUUUCAAAUUUCAGAGCAUUAUAAUUUUGAUGAAAUGAGAGGAAAAUUUGGAACUUUCUAUUUCAAAGUCACUCGACUGGUAUCUCACACCAUCAGAGUGAACCAACUUGAAGAUUUCAUAGAAUUUCUUGAUGAUUGCUAUCCUGAAUUAGGUCCUAACCUAACCUCUGCUGCUACAGUGAAAGAUGUCAUGAAAGUUGUUAAAACCAAAUGCAAUGUGAUCAAUAUUGCACCGACAUCAAUAAAUAAAGAAGUGAAAUCCACACAGACAGUGCUAUCAUCCAAUGGAUCUAUCUGUGAAGCUCAAAAUGAUUAUAAUGACACAAAUAUUUCAUUCAAAAAGGGUGAAUUAUUUAAGAUAAGUAUAAAUGGACAUGAAGUACAAUCACUGGAGACUGGACAGGACAGUGCUGUUCCAAUGAAAUACAUUGGAUACUCAAGAGUAGAAUUACUUUACUUGUUUCAGUUUGCAAUAACAAAGGAAGGAUUAUCCCUCCUACCUUUUCUCCUUGAUGAUGAUGAAAAAGCAGAGUAUUUUAUACAGAAAAUUAAUGAUGAUCCUACUCUACUACAAUCAUUGAGGGAGUUGAUCACAAAGGAUAAAUUUUUCAAGGCUAGCUACAAUUUUGAAGCACUAAAUCAAUAUGAGUUAACUUUAAAGAAAGGAGAAGUACUUGAAGUUGUUAAAUAUAAUGAAAAUGGUCAAUGGUGGUAUAUGCAUUCACUUCAUACAGACAAUAAAGGAUAUGUUCCAAUUAAUUAUGUAACACCAAUUGAAGGAAAUUACUCACCAAAGUUGUUAAAAGAUUUUUCAUUUAUUAAAAAUAGGUCCUACAACUAUACAUGUACCUACUAUCAUAUGAUGAGUCGUGAUGAAGCAGAGGAAAGACUGAGUCAAGCAGACACUCAAGCAGGUACUUUCCUAAUUAGAGGUAGUAAAACCAAUCCUGGACAGCAUUAUUCCCUCUCACUUAAUGAUGGAGUUAAAAUCUGGCACUAUUGUAUAUACAUUUUGAAUAAUAAGUAUUAUGCAUACCCUCAUGUCCAGUUUGACUCACUCAAUGACCUGGUACAUCACUACAUGAUGAAAGCUGAUGGUCUGACCUGCUCACUAACAGUUUCUAUACCCAAACAA